AUGGUUCGCGUCUUGACUUUGCUGACACAUGGCGCUCUUGCUUCGUCCUUGCUAGCCCAAGAGUUGUUACAAUACCAGAACAACACUUUCAAUUCUAGCUACGCCUUUAGCGAAAUACAGAUUGAUGCUGCGAAUAUUUCAGAUUCCGUUGCAAACAAUGUGCAAGUUGCCCUGAACGUCGAGCGGACCAAUUGGGCGACAGGCUCAGUUGCUGAAGAUCAAUUCUACAAUCCGCCGCCAGUAAAUGCUUCCACGCCACCAGGGUCCCUUCUAAAGGUGCAAGAGUACACGAACACGUCUACCUACACGCUCGCUCCUAACCUGGCCCUAUCUCGCAUUCUUUUCACUUCUGUGGACUUCAAUGGAUCCAUUGUUCCCGCCUCAGCAUAUGUUCUGUGGCCAUGGCAGGCAAGAAAAUUUCCAGAUUCAUGUCUGAACGUCAGUGGAGUGCCGGCAGUUGCAUGGGCGCACGGAACGAGUGGGGUCUUCGGGGAAUGCGCCCCAAGUCAUAUUCGGAACCUAUGGUACCAAUUCUCCGCACCGUUCACUCUUGCUCUGCAAGGAUACGCAGUCGUUGCUCCAGACUAUGCUGGGCUCGGAGUCAACCACACUGCAGAAGGCGAUGCAAUUGUGCAUCAGUACCUCGCACAUCCAGCCGCAGCUAACGAUCUGUUCUACGCCAUGCAAGCAGCACAAAUGGCCUUCCCUGAGCUAUCGAAACAGUUCAUUACCAUGGGACAUUCGCAAGGCGGUGGCGCAGCAUGGGCCACUGCGCAUCGCCAGUCAGUCACACCUGUUGAAGGAUAUCUGGGCACUGUAGCCGGAAGCCCGGACCCCAACAACUACGAAAACAUCAAGGCAACAAGUGGAUUCGGUGUGGCUCCUCGUAUUGCGCGCGGAUUGAGCAGUAUCUUUCCUUCUUUCAACUACUCCGAAUGGUUUGAACCCGAGGGUGUGAAAAGGUUGCCUCUACUGGAAGAAUUGUCAGGUUGCAAUUCAGUCAAUGGCGAGCUCUUCCCACAAGCUGAAGGGCUCAUAAAACCAGCUUGGGAAGAGAACUGGUAUCUCCGCGCGUACAGCAAUAUCAGCGAUCCAAGCCGCAAGCCAAUCUCUGGUCCGAUGCUAGUGGUUCAGGGAACCGGCGAUCAGGCUGUUCCUGCCGCGGCUGUUUCGAAAGCUGUCAAUGAGACAUGCGCCAUGUAUCCGAAGAACCAAAUAAGAUAUGCUUCAUUCGAAGGCGCAUCGCAUGUUCCGGUGCUGAAUGCAGCGCAGCAAAUCUGGCUCCAGUGGAUUGAGGAUCGUUUUAUGGGGAAAGACGUCGAUGAAGGCUGUACACAAGAGUACCAUCGGCCCUUGAGGAGGAGAGUUGCAAGCUAUCAGAAAGAAUUGGAGUAUUACUUACAGCUUGCGGUCCAGUCUUAUGAGGUUGCAUAA